GCUAGACAGUGAAGGUGAGUCCUGGGAAGGGGAGAGCAGUGUCACCCAGAAAGACCCAGGAAGGACAGAAGUGAGGAGAGAGGGAGCAUAGUAUCGUGGUGGGUGACUGAGGUAGAGGCGUGGAGAACAAUGAGCCCAGGAGAUGGGCUGUGGGGUCAUCAUCUACCCCCAGAGCAGAGAGGGAACAAGUGAGCAAGCUGCCCAGCUCCUUUCCCUUCUUGCUCCCCUCAUGGAGCCGAUGGUGACGACACCAUGCAGGUGAGGGGCUGGGCAGGGCACAGGGAGCAAGUGUGAGAGUUGGAGUGUCUUGCCACAUAUGCGGUCACACUGGCUUAGCCUCUCCUAGGAUGCUCUUUACUCAUCAAAUGACAAGAACAUUCCAACCACUCCACAGCACUCCUUCCACGGGGGUGAGGCAGCCGAGCCCCCUUCUGCUUCCCCAGGCCCAGCUUCCAGGUCAGGGGUUCAUCACAAUAUGGCUCCCAGCCACCUGCCUACAUGCCACUGUGACCAGAGCAGACCAGUCUUUACUUGGGAAUACAAAACAAAUGCUGUUCUAAUAGUUUGGGCAGCAAAUAGUAUUUCUAAAAACCUCAACAACAGCAAUGGGCUGUCAAACUUCAGGGGGUGGGGGUGGUAAGUGAGCAUUUGUUCAUCAUCUCUGAAGGACUGAAAUCAGAGCCACAAAGAGUGACAGACACCGGUGGUGCUGGGUGGUGGCAGCAGGUGCAGCCACUUCAGAACAGCUCAGGAGCAUUGGCACUCACCAGAGAGAAGCCUUGGCGCACACCCUAUAGAAACUUGCAUGGCCCUCAUCAUGCCACAAAACAUGCUCAGAGAGCCAGGGGACCAGAAACCCCACACCAGAAGUCAGAAAUGUCAGCCCAUGGUGGAUACACAGGCUACUGUAGGGACACGUUGUUGGCAUGACCUUGCAAGGGAACUAAGUACAGACAGCUGUGAAGACGGCACAGGCAGACCUUACAAUGUGGCGGGAAGAACACAGUGGUAAGUCUGGAUGCGUGAUCAUAGCCAUGGAAAUGAGUCCAUGGUAGGAAACAAGGAGGAAAGCUGAGCAACUGGACAGGGCCAUAAGCAAGGGCUGUGCAUCCUGGUUGGGGAGAGAUCGAAAGAAACGUGUUGGCCGAUACUCACUGGCCUGCCCACUUAAGAUGUGUGCACUUUGCUGUGUAUAAAUUCCUCUUCAGCAGAAUAAAGUCCACUGUCAAUAGUUACAGAAUUCUAGUUAGUAGAGUUUGCUUUUCACAAUGGAAUGGGUUAGUGCUUCUGAAACUAAUUUUUAAAGGGCAUUUUGGAUUCAGAAAUGAGAGUGAAUAGAUACAUUAAGGAUAAUAAGAGCUAAGCUUCUCACUGUUAGGCAAGGGAGGUUCAAACAUUGAAAAGAGGGCAGCUGGGUUGCGCACUGCUGCACAGAAGUGUGCAUAUGAGCAAAUGGGCUCACAAAAAUGGGUGCACGUGGGUGGAUGGAUGGAUGGAUGGAUGGAUGGAUGGAUAGAUGGACCGAUGGAUGGAUGGGAAAGAAGGUAGAUAUGUAGGUGGGUAGACACUUGAGCGGUUGAAUAGGUGGAUGGAUUGAUACAUGGAUAGAUGGGUGGGUAAAUAGGUGAAUGGAUGGAUGGAUGGAUGGAUGGAUGAUGGAUGGAUGGAUGGAUGGAUGGAUGGAUGGAUGGAUGGGUAGACAGAUGGAUAAAUAUGUCACAUGCAUUUAUGUGCACACAGGUUAACAGUACUUUAUGAACAUGUGUCUGUGAUUCCACAAGCACCCAUCCUUCCCUCCAGCUUCAUCCUUUUUCCUCACCAGUAAGUGAAGUAUCAUUUUAUGUCAACGAGGGUCUGGAAAUGACUGUAGCACAGCCCGCUCAACUGGCUUCCAGGCACGGUUUCUAAACACUUUCCUUAGAGAGAAAGCUGAAUUCAGGGUUGUCUGGGCAAAGAACAAAUCGAGCCUGGGGUGGUGCCGUGGCUGGAUAUGAGGGGCUCAAAGAAUGAUAAGGACAACUGGAAGAGACAAAAGACAGCUCCAAAUGCUCCACAGGUCAAAACUGGAGCCAUUUGGGCAUCAAGAGCAACCAGCAUUGGCACUGGAUUAAGACUCACAAACAAUAGUUCAAAGUCCCAAAGUCAUAAAUCAGAUUUGAGAAUAGUAAAAGUAAAAUCAAAAGUGAUGGGUCUUUCUUUUAAAGAAAAAAAAGAUGGAGAAAGCAGAAAGAGAUGAGGAGAGAGGAGAAAGCUUUUCUUGUGCAGAGAAACACACAUUUCAAGCAUCUCUGGAUCCAAUGUCCCAAGAGGGCCCAGGGCAGUGCAGAAGGAUGCCACUAUAGGACCCAGCUGGACCGGUCAUGAAGCAUCACCAAUGAGGGGCCUGGGCAAUAUAACCAGCCUAUGCUCCACUGUGACAGAAGACAAGGCCAGGCUACCAGGGCUCCAGGCAGACGUGAGCAAAGCAACGUGUGCAGUGAGUGUAUCAGGUGACUGGGGUAGAGCUAGGCCUGGGAGAUAAGCUCUCAGAACAGGGCACCGCUGGCACCUGGAAAGCCUGGACUUGGGUGUAGGGCAGAUAACGCUGGGUCAACACGGCAGCUCUCGGUUUCGAUAAAUGCAUUGUGGUUAUAGGAGAGAAUGCCCUCAUUCUUAGGAAUGGCACACGGAAGAAAUGGGCAAAGGGACACAAUGCCUUCACCCACAGCCGCCCACAGCAGUUGUGACACACUGCCUGUAAAUAUUUAUGCAUAUGGACAGACAGAUAUAGGGAUGGUAGACAAAUGAUAGAUGGGAUGGAUGAAUUAAUGGAUGGAUGGAGGAAAAUGGACAGACAGAUAGAAAGACAUACAGAAAAUUGGAUGAGCAGAUGGAUAGACAAAUGGACAGAUGGUGAAUGGAUAACUGGAUGGACAGACUGAUACAUAGUUCGAUGGAUGGAUGGAUGGAUGGAUGGAUGGAUGGAUGGAUGGAUGGAAAGUGAGUAGAUAGCUGGAUGAAUAUAUGAAUGGACAAGUAGAUGGACAGGCAGAUAGAAAUUUGGAUAGAUGGACGUAUGGACAGGUAGACAGAUAAAUGGAUGGACAAAUGAGUGGGCAGACAGAUAAUUGGAUGGAUGAAUGAAUGGAUGAAGAACAGAUGUGUGUGUGUAUGUAUGUAUGUAUGUAUGUAUGUAUGUAUGUAUGUACGUGUAGGUGAAUGGAUGGAAAAUGGGUGUGUGGGUUGAAAACAGAUGAAUAGACAGAUAAUUGGAUGGAUGAAUGAAUGGAUGAAGAACAGAUGUAUGUAUGUAUGUAUGGAUGGAUGGAUGGAUGGAUGGAUGGAUGGACGUGUAGGUGAAUGGAUGGAAAAUGGGUGUGUGGGUUGAAAACAGAUGAAUAGACAGAUAACUGGGUAGACAAAUGGAUAGAUGGACAGAUGGAUGAACAGAUGGAUAAAUGGAUGGACAGGUGGAUAGAUAGAUGGGUGGGUUGGUAGAUGAUGGUUGGAUGGAUAAGAAGAAAAUAGAAUGAUGUAGAGGGAAUAAAUGUUAUCAGUAUACCUGGAAAGGUAUAGGCACUCUCUAAAUUGUUUCUGCAACUGCCUUCUAAGUUAGAAAUGGUAUCAAAAUGAAAUAUAACAGAGGCCCUAAGCCUGGAGUAUUUCCUGAGUGGCUCCUUGGUCCACACUUGUAUUUACACCGGUGAGGUGAUUUGGGCUGAUGACCUUGGCAGCUUCUAGACAGCAUUGCCCACCAGAGAGCUUGUAGUACCGGGGCUUUCAGCUACCCCUCGCCCAUGACUCUGGGAAGGGGCAGUGCUCUGGGGAGAACCCACAGAUGGGCUGGAGGCUGACACUCCCUGAUACGGCCUGGAGGUUCCAUGUCCUACCCAUCUCUUGCUGUUGGCACCUUCCUCUGGUGAUUCCUACGUUGGUUGCUGAGGUAAACUGCUCAACACCAGCAUAGAACUUGCCUGCAUUCUGUGAACCUUCCUAGUAGUCUCUGAGCUUGAAGAGGGCCAUAGGAACCGUGAUACACAGAUGCAGGUGGAGAGGGCUGAGCCAGUGUCCGGUCUGAACCCCUGACUGCAGGGUCUGGAUGGACCCUGGGGAGGUGACAUCAAAACUGAGUCAAAUGGCAGGUCACUCACUUGGCAAACAGAGUUGAUUGUAGGGUUGAGAAAAUGCCUGAGCCCCAAAAACAAAGUGAGUGGGUGUUCCAAAAACAGUAACCUGGUAAGGUGCUGGAGAGUGAGUCAGCUGGGCCAACCCAGUCAGAUCUAGAUAAGACUGCCUUGUCUGCAGCCCCACCUCUGUGUAUAGCUCACCCAGCUGGCCCUGGUGGCCCUGCAGCUAGGAGAACCCAGCCUCACCACUUCACCAAGCCUGUUCCCUCCCCUGGCCCAAAGGAAGCAGAGUCUUUGGCAGUCAUUUAAAGGGCUCAGUAAACCUCAUUCCAUGUUCUCUCUGCAGCUCAGCCCCCUAGAAGGAGGGCAAGAGGAGGCCCCAUCUGCGUUCUUCACAAAGCUGUUGCAAAGGCGGCUGGGAUACCCGCCCCACAUAACUGGGAAGUGAAUUCCUCCAGAGCCCCAGGGUCUGAGCCACAGAUAGCCAUGUGUGGGACUCACACUACUAAGGCAUGUGGGGCUUCCACAGAGCCCUCGGGGUCCCUGAUCUGCCCACUCCUGUGGGAGUAAUGAGCUGCAUGUCAAUCAUAACAGGUGAGUCUGGCUCCAGAAUCCUCCACAGAAUCAACAGGAUGAGACUCUGGCCACCUGUGUGCUGCCUGGAGCCAAUGCUCUUGCCUAAUGCCUAUUUCUAAAAUUACAGAAGAUAACAAAUGACCUAACAGUGAGACAAAACUCUUUUGUAUGUGUGAGCCUCAGCAAACAUCAUGUGCAUCUGCUAGGGACCAGCCCACACCCAGCCUCCCAUAGAAGUCUCCAGAAUGAAAGGCUCUGCAUGCCAGCAGCCUUCACACAGGCAUUGUGGGGUCAACAGUCCACUCAGCCCCUGAACAGUGGGCUGGGAAAAGGGCCUGUGGCAGGCCCAUGGCCAUGAGGUCCAGUUAGAAAUAAGUCACUCUAGGAAUUCACUCUAGAAUUCUAGCCCUGGUGUAACACAGAACAGAAACUUCAUUCCCAAAGAAGAUAGACUCUGAAAAUACUGAUUAUUCAGGGGAAGAGAGGGAGAUGUUCCCUGAAGGUGGAAAGACCAAAAGACAGAAGCCAGAGAGGACAGUGCCAGCACCCAGGCAGGUGGGGCUCUGACUCAGGCUGGGGAGGAGCAGGAGGCGGGCCCCUCGCUGAGCAGGCCAGGCAGUAGAGCUAGUUUUAUAGCGACAGCCACGCAGAGGUAGCAGCCAGUAGAACCAUGGGCAGUAUGCUGUGUGCUCUGAUUCUCUUGUCUGGUCUCCUGGGGGCCGCCAAGGCCAGCCCCAUCACGGGCCCCCGGGAGUGUGCCAAGGGCUCUGAGGUGUGGUGUCAAGACCUGCAGGCAGCUGCGAAGUGUCAGGCCGUGAAGUACUGCCAGAGUGCUGUCUGGAGCAAGCCCAUAGUCAAGUCCCUGCCCUGCAGUGUGUGCCAGGAUGUGGCAGCCGCUGCUGGUAACGGGAUGAACCCGGAUGCUACAGAGUCUGACAUUUUGGGAUCCAUAACGAAGACCUGUGAGUGGCUUCCCAGCCUGGAAUCAUCAGCUAAGUGCAAGCAGAUGGUGGACAACCACAGCCCAGCUGUCCUGGGCAUGCUCAGUGGAACCCCAGGCACUGCCGUGGCUCCGGUAUGCACGGCGCUCACCCUUUGUGAGCCACUACAGAGGCACCUAGCCAUUGCCACCUCAGAGAGACUGCUGACACAGGAGGAUAUAACUGAAGUGAUGGCUCCAUUCUUGUCCAACGGGGCCCUCAGCUUCCACCCAUCACAGAUGCCUGGGGAUGCUGUAUGCCAAGAUUGCAUCCAGCUGAUCUCCACACUCCAGGGUGCUCUAGAGUCUAACUUGACCUUGGCAGAGGUAACUUUCCAGGGUCAGUGUGCAUCCCUGGGGCCUGGCCUGGCUGCCCUCUGCAAGAACUACAUCCAACAGCAAUUCGUCCCCGCCCAGCAAGCGCUGCAGAUUCUCCCCUCACAGGAGGUCUGCAGGAAGGGGGGCUUCUGUGAGGAGCAGAGAGAGCCUGCCCACCGGCUGGCUCAAGUGGCCGCUGUGGAUGGAAUCCCUUCUCUGGAACUGGAGCUGCCCAAGAAGAAUGAGAUGCAGAUGCAGCUGGGCCUGACCUGUGAUGUGUGCUUGAAUGUGAUCCAGGAGAUGGACAAAUGGCUCAUGACCAACAGCACAGAAGCCCUCAUCACCCACACCCUGGAGCGAGUGUGUUCCAUAAUGCCCGAAAGUCUAGUCCAGCAGUGCAUCACCCUGGUGGAGGCCUACAGCCCCAACCUGGUUCAGCUUGUGACCAGAGUCACCCCAGAGAAAGUGUGUGAGACCAUCAGGCUGUGUAACAACAGAAGGCAGGCCAGGUCCAUCUCCAGGGCUGAGGCAACCACACCGUCCCUGCUGGUGGAUGAAGAAAACCAGGGCAGCUUCUGCCAUGGGUGCAAAAGGAUACUGGGCGUAUCUUCCCAGAAUCUGGACCGCAAGAGCACCAAGCGGGACAUCCUGAACGCCUUCAAAGGUGGCUGCCGAAUCCUGCCACUGCCUUACGUACUGCAGUGCAACCGUUUCGUAGCGGAGUAUGAACCCGUACUCAUAGAGAGCCUCAGGCUCAUGAUGGACCCCACGGACCUGUGCAGGAAGAUGGGGGCCUGCCACAGCCCCAAGGUUCCACUUCUAGGCACGGAUCAGUGUGUCUUAGGCCCCAGCUUUUGGUGCAAGAGCCCAGAGGCCGCUGAGAUGUGUGAUGCCCUGGAGCACUGCCAGCGCCUUGUGUGGAAGAAGCCGGACUCCAAAGUCAAAGAGCAGCCAUGACUGCGGCCACCAAAACCCAAAGCCUGCCAGGGCUGAUCCCACCUGCAGGCUUCUGCCUCCCAAGGGGACCCUAUGAGGUGGGUGCUAUCCUACCCCCAUGUCCUAGAUGAAAAACUGAGGCUCUGGGGAGGGAGUUGGGGCUGAGCAGAGCUGACAUUCAAAGCCAUGCUCUCCGGAUGCUGGACAGCUUCGCCUUUCUAUCUCUACCCUCAUCACUGUCACCCCUGCUAUAAACAGGAAGUCCUCACCCCUGCCCCAGGAAGCCACCCUCUCCUACCCCUUCUGUGAUGCUGAUGGCCUGGAGGAACCUCUCAGAGGCCUCCUGUGCAGGGUGAACACCCAGCUGUGAGCCAAAGCAGUUGCAGAGGGAAGGGUAGAGGGGAUUGCCACUAGUCAGGCCAAUGACUUAUCAAUAGCUUGGGGUGGGGGGUGGGGUAUUCUCAGUCUGGGAUCUCUGUGACUGGUUCCCAAUGGUGCAGUUGGGACAUGAGUGGUUCUGGACUUCUCGGGGGGAGGGGCCUGGGUUAUUGUCCACCACCUACGAGGGGUAUUUGGAUUUCAUAGAACUCCUGUCCAUGACUCUGUUCUCUCACCCGGACUCCAGCCACCCUGGUACUAAGUAGUCCCGGGUGUGCUUAAAAUUAGGAGAACAAACCCCACUGGGUGAGCUCUGGGGAAGGCCUGAGGGGUAUGGAAUGGCUGUGGCAUGGGCCACAGCAAGAGCUCCACCCUAGUGAGCAGGCCCUUUCUCUGCUAAGCCUCAGUUUUUCAAUCUGUAGACUGGGAGGAUCAUGCCUGCCUCAUAGGGAUGUUGAGACAAUUCUAGAUGUCCUCAAGUUCCUUCCCUUAGAGACCAGCACCCAUUGACCUACCCGGACCAGCAAAAACCUAUCUUGGGAAUCGAUAGGGUCUCUGGGGAAUCUG